GUUCUGUAGUGUUUCUGCCGCUGUUGAAGAAGAAGAAGCAGCAGCUCGGCAGAUAGACUCGUCUCCAUAGCAGAGGGGGAAGUAACGUUUUAGGGGAUUUAAAAAACGAAACCCGGGUACGACGUUUGUGAGCUAAUGCUGUACACGGAGAAGGACGUACAGCAAAGUUUAACUACACUUAGAACACCCAAGGAAGAGUGAGCGUUGAGGAAAAAUGGGUUUGCUGGUGUUGUUUUAGUAGCUUUAGCUGACUGGCCCUGUUAGCCUGUUAGCGAGGACGGAAUGUAGGAAGGAAAUUGUUGGUGGACAAGUGUCUAGACAAGUUGUAUAAUAAUACAUCUCUGUGAGAGUUAUAACGUCAUAAAGUUUUGCAAAGUUCUUGCUCUUGACAGUUUAAAAAAAUAUAUUUUCCAAGAGCUCUUAGUCUUCUGGAGUCGUUAACGAGCAUCCAGUCACGUCCCGCAGGUCUAGAUCACAAUUCGAUCUCUAGUGUUCAUUGAGUUACGGAUGACAUAUAGAGCCCUCGAGCCACUCUGUCUUAUUUUUUCGUCCGUGAUGAUUAUAGUCAUGAUGAUGAUGGAGCCUUUGUGGGGCUGCUGAGACUUUUUGAUCCGUUCUGAGGAGUCAGACCAUGGGAGGAUGUGUGGGAAGAUAUUGGGAGGGCUGGGAUGACUCGCAGAGCCGAGGAUCAUCCAGGAACGGUGGACGAGGAGGACGGAAUGAACCUCUAAAGAAGGAUCGCCCCAAGUGGAAGAGCGACUACCCGAUGACAGAGGGCCAGCUGCGGAGCAAAAGGGACGAAUUCUGGGACACGGCCCCAGCCUUCGAGGGUCGUAAAGAGAUCUGGGACGCUCUGAAAGCUGCUGCUGUAGCACUGGAGUGCAAUGACCAUGAGCUGGCCCAGGCUAUAGUGGACGGAGCCAGUAUCACACUGCCUCAUGGUACUCUUGCCGAGUGUUACGAUGAACUUGGUAACCGCUACCAACUGCCUGUCUACUGUUUGGCUCCACCUGUCAACCUCAUCUCAGAACGUGGCGAUGAUGAUCCCAACGACAGCCCAGAACCUCCUGUAGCACCUAAGAAAGAGUUCCAGCUCAAGGUACGAUUGUCCUCAGGUAAGGACAUACGUCUCAGUGCCAGCAUGGCCGACUCCAUAGGUCAGCUGAAGAAGCAACUACAGGCCCAGGAGGACAUUGAUGCCACCCACCAGCGCUGGUUCUUCUCUGGGAAGCUGCUGCCAGACAAAACCCGGCUGCAGGACACUAAGAUCCAGAAGGACUUUGUUAUCCAGGUCAUUGUCAACCCUCAGGCUCUACAAGCCCACAAGACCCCGCCCACUUUGUCUGAAUAGCUGAGGAGAAGUCGUUCAACUGCAAGGAUGGUGUGAGGGUGACGGACAUUACAACAAAGACCACAGUGCCUGUUAAAGUGGCAGUCCAGAUUUUCUGGUGUUUGUUUGUUUGAGGUACGAACAAAGUUCAGGAACCAGCCCAAAGCCGUGUCCCACUUUAUGGGCUGUAGCCAGUGCUGUAUGUUUGAACUGAGGCAAAGAAAAACUGAAUUGUCAGUUUCAGAACGUGUUUUUGUUCUGGAUUUAAACUGACUUUUGCUGAACUAAAUAGAAAAAAAACCUCUUAGCUUGUGGUGACACAACGGCUGCCUUAUCUACAGAUUACUCGAUAAAUGCGUUUAAUUCACUUAGAUGGAUAAACACAACAUAAUUUAAACAAAGAAGUCACUAACUAACGCUCUACUGACUUUUGAAUGAAAGAGUGAGUUUUACCCAAGGAGACACGAAUGUCGAAAAAGGCUUUAGGGCCUUAAAAGUUAAAACUUUAACAAUAGAUAAGAUAUUGUUAAAGCCUUCUGCAGUUUAACUAGUUUGUCACCUGAUAUGGUGAAUUUGUGAUGUUUUCAACACUACACCUAACGUCCCAACACGUACAGGACGUUACCAAUAACAUGUCAGUACCUCAUAUAAGCACCAUUCAAAAUAUCAGAACGAUCCCUUUAAUGCUGGAUGAAUGCUGGAGGUACAGGGAGAACUACAGUAGGAGAGGGAGAAACUCUAGAGUGCUGCUUUCUUUAAUUGUAUCCCUGGUCGUUGUAGUUUUUGAGAGAAUCCAAUCAGCACACUAACAACCUGUGGAGACCCUGUCCCUCCACACAGUGUUUUUGUCACUUUGAACUAUUUAACAUGAAAGCAGAACUUGUGCUAACGAGCAGCCUUUCACUCUUGGACUCUGUCCGGCCUCGGCUGUCUUUUCUCUGCUCACACGGUGACUAUGUGCCAACGGAAGAAACGCAGUAAAAAAGGAGCACAUUUCUACUUUGGACAAACACGUUCUCUUCCAUAGACACAGGAGGUGGGAGGAGAAAGCAAUGAGGGAGAAGACGAGCCCUGACUUUACUGGUUACCCCUGAAUUUUGUUUCUUUUACUGAGGAAAUAUUGUCAAUUGAGCUUUUUUGCACAUUUUGAAGAUUAUUUCUUUGCUUUAUUGUGGUUGUUGUGUGCCUUCUACACAGUGAAACACAAAGGUGUUGGUCAGUGUCCCGGCACGUGUUAGUUUUACCACUAAGCUAAGCCCUAAGAAGUGUUUUAGUCAGGAAGUCUUGGAUCGACCUGAGCUGUAACUAUUGCCUUCUUUUGUAAUUUUUCCUAAGAAAAAAAACAUCAGUGUGUGUUUUUGCUAAAGUUAUAAGUACCCCCAUGAUACCUCUCAGUUUUACCAGUCUCACUAACAGCACCGUCCAUUUCAUGUUGUCAAGGUGAGACUAACUCUUCCAGACCACCAGAGGGAGCUAUAAUUAAUUAUUGUCCCAGUGUUUCAGGCCUCCCAAUGAAAGAUUAAAUGAAAUUUGUUUUUGUCUUUUUCAGUGGAACAUUUGAAAGAAACGAGGACUGUGAUGGAUUUUCAUAAACCGUUAAUUUUGUCUUAGAACUUUUAGACUUAACUUUAUACCAGUACCUGAUGGGAGUAUGGGUUCCUGACCGUCCAUUUGAGAACCAUUGCUUUAAAUUACUUGUCACGUCUGCACACGAUGUGUGAAAAUCCACACCAGCGUUAAAGUAUCAGCUGCAUUUUUUUAAAUACAUAAGAAAGAAUGAGAUACAUGGAGUAAUAAGUUAAAAGUAUGUAUAACAACGUUUCAGUUCCAUUAUUUUGCUCUGUUGGUUUUCGUAUCUUCAGUCGUUAAAUUAAUUUCGAACCCGUCUCUGUAGGAGCAGCAGGAAAAUCCCAGCCAGCAUUUUUAAGUCUCUCCUUCUUCCUGCAUACUUAGCCCCACAUCCCCCCACUGGGAGAAGGAUGAUACAGAAAGAACCCUGCUCCUCUCAUUGUUUCUAAAGCCUUCAAUUUCCUCCCACAGCCUCCAGUGAUGACUUUAAAAACAAAGAUGUCAGAAUCUACCAGUCUGUACCGUAGACUACAUGUAAGAAAUGAGGUGAAUUCAUUACUUGUCAUUGUGACACAACUGACAACAAAAUGUGACAUCUGCUUUUAACCCAUCACCAAAGGUAGCAGGGUGUGGGGACAGUGCCAUGUCAGUGCACCUCAGUGGUAACUAGGCAGCUGAUGGACCCAAGUCCACUUCAUUAACUACCAAGCCACCACUGCUUGGACAGAUCCAGCUGGUGAGGAGAGAAAGGCUUUAACUUAUAAAGCAUGAAAACACUUUCCAUAAAGUAGUUUAUGGUCUUAUUUUCAGAGUGCUUUUGGGCUGUCUUGUUUUAAUUCCAACCUUUAUGUUGUGUUUUUCUCUAAAUUGGAAUGAAGCUGAAGAUUAUGUGAAAGUUCCAGUUCAGGACAUAAACUCUUGAUGACAGCUCUGUCUUAAAUCAAAGUUAACUAUCUCACCAGAGAUCAACUGGUCAUGUCUUUCAACAUCUGUUGCUUGAAAACUAUCACAGAUUUAACCACAGCUGUUUGGUUUUAUUCACUUCCAAUCUGUUCCUUCCAAUCUUUUCAUUUUUCAGUUUCGCAGUGUGACAUAAUUCCCUUUACUCCCUGUUAUCUUACCUGCUGAUCCAAACCCGGACAAGCACAUUUCUCUGUACAGUACAUGCAGUACCUUCAGCCUACAGCUGACCUCUGUGACUCUAAAGAUAUAACUAGUGCAGGUACAAACUGUGGUUCAUGUGUUUGUCUCUGUUAUUUAUCAUCUUGGCCCUCUUACAGACUUUCAUUUGUUCCCACAUUUACGUAUAAAUAUCCAUCUCCAGAUAAGUUCCUUAAAGGCCUUCUGAUCGCCUUUUUGAACAUAUAACACGUUAACGUUAUAAAAGCUUCAGGAGAAAUGGAUGAAGUCAUUCAAUUGCAAAACAACUUCAUGUUAGGAGUCUAACAGCAAAGUCUGCAUGUAGCCGCGUUACUGUUAGUCACACACAGCGUCCAAUAAUUUGCAAAAAGAAAUUCUGAUCAAUGUGACAGGCCAGAAACUAGAGAUCAAGACUGUUGACUCUUCUCAGAAUUGUUUAUUUACAACUUUAAAACCAGUCAUAAAAAGCCACAUUUUCUCUGAAUUCCCUUCUGUCGAACAAAGUGAGCCACUUUUGCAACCUGUUGGCCGCAUCUAUUUCUUACACACAGCCCACAAAACUCUCAUUUUGCACUGUAGCAAAGCCAACCUCUCUCCUACCAGCAAGUGUAUAAAGAACGUCAUAAGUAACUUAUAGAAGCUACAACUGAGUGUCGUUCCAGGAUGAAUGUGCCGUUUCUCCAACUUGAUAUUUUUCUAACUGAAGCUUUAGUUUUAUUUUUUUCUCAACCUAUACCACAAUGACAAAUGUAGCAAAUGAGUUUGUUAGCAAAUUAUUAUUUUUUUUAAAUUAUUGAUAUAGAUGUCCCUUCCUUUUUAGCACACUAGACAGUAGUGAAUGGAUGUUAUUGUUAUUAAUACAAUUCAAUAUGAUGUAUAAACAUAACAAAAAGAAUAUUGCAGUAGCCAUCAAAGGAGUGGCAGAGUUUUUAAUAAAAAAAAAAUUCACAAAUAUGAUUGAAUCACACCAAUAAAAGACAGUAGAAAUAUUUUUCUUUUAAAUCCUUCAGACAAGAUAUGACGGUCAAUAAAAUGUUCCAGAAGUCAUUACAUUGAGAUUGUUGCUGUCUCAAACAAAAACAAUAUUUUUCUAUUUUAUUCUUUCUAUAUCACAGAGUAUUUGUUGUAAUAAAAGAAUCUGUAUAUUUACUUAAAUAAACAAUUUAG